GGGACCCGGCCUCGCCCGCGCCGACCUCGCACCUGGGAAUGAAGCCGCCGCGGCUCAGGGCGGUGCCUUCCCUUCGCCGGGUCGCGGUGGGAGGCGGGACGCGGGGUUCGGAGCUUGGAUCCCCGCCAGGCCUGUGGCCUUCGCCCGGCACCGGCGGCCGCGGGGCGGGGGACAGAGCGUCGCGUCCGGGCAGGCGGCAUGGGCUCCGGCGGCUCGCGCGCGGCGCAGAUCCCCGACGCGGACCGCAUUCGGCGGGAGACGGGCUUCUCGCAGGCCACCCUGCUCCGCCUCUACCACCGGUUCCGGGCCCUGGACAGUAACAAGAAGGGCUACCUGAGCCGAGUGGACCUGCAGCAGAUCGGGGCGCUGGCCGUGAACCCCCUGGGGGAUCGCAUUAUAGACAGCUUCUUCCCUGAUGGGAGCCUGCGAGUGGAGUUUGUGGACUUUGCCAGAGUCCUGGCUCAUUUCCGACCUAUAGAUGAUGACACAGGAACCCGGGACCCCAAGGAACCCGAACCCCCCAACAGCAGAAUGAACAAACUUCGCUUUGCAUUUCAGCUCUACGACCUGGAUCGAGAUGGCAAGAUCUCCAGGCACGAGAUGCUACAGGUACUCCGGCUAAUGGUUGGGGUACAGGUGACAGAAGAGCAGUUGGAAAGCAUCACUGACCGCACGGUGCAGGAGGCCGAUGAAGACGGGGAUGGAGCUGUGUCCUUCAUGGAGUUCAGCAAGUCCCUGGAGAAGAUGGACAUUGAGCAGAAGAUGAGCAUCCGGAUCCUGAAGUGACCUUCUUUGUGCGUCUGGCCAGCUUGAAAAGACCAGUUCUGCUUGGCGUUCAUUCUCAGCCCCCAGAGGGAUGGGCUCCAAUAAACGAUUCUUCUACACUGAACUCUA